CAAAGGCAGUUUGGUAGUACUAGCUAGCCCGUGUUAGUUAGCCAACUAGCAAUCUCGCAUCAACAUCCACAUAUUGAUCGACCAUGCCGUCGAUUGACAAGGCCACCGACAACGGCGAGCUGAAGCAGAGGCGGCCGGAGCUGGAGCUGGUCUGCGUCACGGGCGCGGGAGGCUUCAUCGGCUCGUGGGUGGUGAAGGAGCUCCUCCUCCGCGGCUACCGCGUCAGGGGAACCGCCAGGGACCCCGCUGACCAAAAGAACGCGCACCUGUUGGCGCUGGAGGGCGCCGAGGAGAGGCUCACCCUGUGCCGCGCCGACGUCAUCGACUACGACGGCCUCCGCGCCGCCUUCCGCGGCUGCCGCGGGGUCUUCCACGACCUCGUGCCGGUCGCCGUGGAGGGGACGAGGAACGUGAUCAGAGCGGCGGCGGACGUGGGCGUGCGGCGGGUGGUGUUCACGUCGUCCUACGGCGCCGUGCACAUGGACCCCAACCGCAGGCCCGACGCAGUGCUCCACGAGACACUCUGGAGCGACUAUGACUACUUCAAAAACACAGGGAACCUGUACUGCUGCGCCAAGAUGAUGGCGGAGAUCACGGCGACGGAGGAGGCGGCCAAGACGGGGCGGGAGCUGGCCGUGGUGGUGCCGUCCAUGACCAUGGGCCCCAUGCUGCAGCAGUCGCUCAACUUCAGUAGCAGCCACGUGGCCCAUUACCUCACCGGCGCAAAGCUCACCUACCCGAACGCCGUUGCCGCCUACACCGACGUUCGCGACGUCGCCCGCGCGCACGUCCUCGUCUACGAGCACCCCGAUGCCCGUGGCCGGUACCUCUGCAUCGGGACCGUGCUGCGCCGCACGCACUUCCUUCAGCUCCUCGGCGACCUCUUUCCUCGGUACAACAUAACCGCCAAGUGCGAAGAGGACGUCAAACCCAUGGCGAAGCCGUACAAGUUCUCGAACCAAAGGCUCAGGGACCUGGGAUUGGAGUUCACUCCGUUGAAAGAGAGCUUGUACGAGACAGUGACGUGCUUGCAGAAAAAGGGCCAUCUUCCUCUCCCCAUUGUUCCCAUAGCACAGAAGCGUGCGUACUUGUAA